AUGUUGCUCCUGCACCUGCUGAGCCACGAUUUCCCACUCUGCACCUACGUACAGGUGGCCAAGAUCGAGCAGAUCAGUUCACGGAAGGCGAACGGCAGCAGCGUCAUCACGAUUUCAUGGUACUACAGGCCAGAGGAAGCCCAUGGUGGCCGCAAGAGCUACCAUGGAAGGGAUGAGCUGUUCCCCUCAGACCACUAUGAUGACAUAAACGUGCAGUCAGUGGAGGGGCCUUGUCGUGUGCUGACCAGGGGGGAGUACACGUACAAUCCCGACCUGGACAUGAUCCAGUGCACAUGCUGCGAGGACUUCUUCCAUGCAGCAUGCAUCGGUGCCACCAACGAGGAGCUUCCCUACCUGUCCAACCUCGGCUUUGUGUGCAUGGAGUGUGCCAUGGCAAAGGAGGCUGCCGGCGCCCUGCCGGGCACGUACAGGAAGUGA